AUGAAUGACGACAAGCCGGAGACGGAGGAGGAAUGGAAGAAGAGGGAGGCUGAAUGGCUGAAGGAAAAGAAGGAAAUCGAACGACAGAAGAAAGAGCUGGCAGAGAAGGAGAAGGAGUGGAAGAGGAAACUGGCGGAGUAUGAGGCGUCGCGGGGUGAUGGAAUGACUUCGACUUCGGAGGCCUCGGUCUCAGACGACGAAUCGGACUCUGAGGAUGGACGAGGGAAAGAGGAAGAGGAGAAGAGCAAGCCAUUGAAAGCAUUGGCCAAGGAGAAUGGCGGGAAGCCGACUGCCGCUUCCACCCCCAUCGCUACAUCAAGCCCAUCCCCAGCGGCGGCGGCGGCUACCACAGAGGCCACUGCGCCCAAGGCGACGCCUGCAGCUGCAGCCCCCUCGGUCAAGGAACUGAAGAAGCAGGAGAAGGAACGGAAGAAGAAGCAGAAGAAGGAGGAACAGGAGCGCAAGAAGAAGGAGAAGAUGGAGAAGAAGAACAGACAAAAGCUCGAGAAGAGCGACAAGAGGAAGGGAUCCGCUCGCAUGCCUGCGCCCUCGCAAACGAAGCUCACCCUCGAGGACCUUGCCAACCUCACCGAGGGGGCUGAAGUGUGUAAGACUAUGGAGCUGUGCGAUCUCAACCGGUUGGAGAUGACCACCCUUCCCGACAAAAUCGGCCUUCUCACCAACUUGAAGAUCCUCAAUCUCUACGACAACAAGCUCACCGCCCUCCCGCCGGCCAUUGGCAAGCUCACCAACUUGACCGCGCUGGGUCUGAACGAGAACAGCAUUUCGACUCUCCCUCCCGAACUGGGCAAACUGAAAAAUCUUCAAAUGCUCGAUCUCAGGUUCAACAAAUUGACGGCCAUCCCGCCAGAGAUUGGCAACCUGGUGCUCGACUUGCAGCACAACUCCAUCAGCUCCUUCGCCUCCGUGGCCAAGCUCGAGAAGCUGGAGAACCUCGACAUCCAGUACAACAACUUGGAGACUCUUCCCCAGGGUCUGGGCAGUCUUAAGAGCCUGAAGCGUCUCCACCUCAAGUACAACCACAUCAAGGAGCUGCCUCGCGAGAUUGGCGACCUGGACAAGCUCGAGGAGCUAGAUUUGGAGGGCAACAGGCUGACCGGGCUUCCGACUGAGAUCUCCAAGCUGAAGAACCUUCACAAGAUCUAUCUCAGCAGGAACAUGCUGGCCGAGCUGCCGGACGAGCUGGGACAGCUCAAGUCGCUCGAGGAGCUCUUCCUGAACGACAACCAGUUGACCAACUUGGGAUCCGUUGUUAUGCUUCCGGGUCUGCGCGUGCUCGACAUCAGCAGCAACGAGCUCACAAAGCUUACCCCCUCCAUUGCCAUGCUCACCAACCUGCACGAGCUUCACGCGUCGGCAAACGAGCUGACCAACCUCGUUCCCGAAAUCGGGCAACUGGUGAACUUGCGGCUGCUCGACUUCAACGACAACAUGCUCAACUCGUUGCCCGCUGAGAUUGGCAACCUGACCUCGCUCAAGAAGCUCAACCUGGGCGGUAACCUUCUGAAGGAGUUGCCUCCGGAGAUCGGGAAGCUCACCGGCCUCUCGUGCCUGCUCCUUAACUACAACAAGCUCACAACGCUGACGUCCCAAAUUGGCAGCCUUCUGUCGCUUACCGAGCUGAACUUGGACGAGAACAAGCUCACCGAACUCCCGACCGAGAUGGGAAGCAUGAAGGGUCUCGAAGUCCUGACCUUCAACGACAACGACAUCAACGAUCUGCCCGAUACUCUCUAUAAUCUCGAUAACCUGAGCUCACCGCUUUGGCUCUUUCUGCGCAUCAGGCUGUUCGGCAUGGACGACAACCCUCUGGAGGACAUUCCCCAGGAGAUCACCGAGGGCGGCUCCCAGGCCGUCUUCAACUACCUUGGCGAUCGUCUCCAAGAGUCGCUGGAAUCGUCGUAA